GGCAUGGGAUGAUAACCGGUUUCAAGGUUUACCGCGGUAUGAAAACGUCACGGUUUCAAAACCGCUAAAAUCUUCCGUUAUACCGUCCUCGCGGUUUGCGUACAUUUUUACACGUCAUAGACGGAAAGUGCACGAAACCCUCAGGUUGUAUGUAUGCAGCAAAAAGCGUAUGAGCAUAACGAGUCAGACGACCCCUCCCCCUGGUUGAUGCGAGCUGCAAGUCACUUGUGUGUGUGUGUGUGUGUGUAUGAUGGCCGAAGGAGGUGAAUCCCUUAAACUUUUCCCCCCUGCAAAAAAGACCAAGUCAGCUGUCUGGGAAUUUUUCGGGUACCGAAAACAUUCAGAUGGCCACGGCUUGGAGGAGGAAGGACAUCCAACAUGCAAGACAUGUUUAAAAAGAGUCUCUGCUAGAGGAGGAAAUACAUCAAAUAUGAUAGCCCAUCUACGGGAGCACCACCCAUCACGCUUCGCUAAAUUCAAGGGCAGCAGUAUCUCCAGCAGCAAAGGAUCAUCCACAUCAAAAGCUUCAACAGAUCAUCCCACAAUACAGCAAACAUUUGAAAAACAAAUUGCUUAUGCACCAAAAUCUAAGCAUGCAACAUCUAAGGACUUUUCAUAAGUGACUGCAUUAAAUUUAUUAAAGAAUAGUUAAAUUAUUUAUUUUCAUUAUUUAGCCUGACAUGUUUACUGUUCCGAAAUGUUCUAUGUUUCUUAAAAAUAAAAUAUAUUGUUCUUUAAAAAAAAUUGUUGUUUUUUACCCAGACAUUUAAAAAGAACAUAUUUCAGAGCUGCAAGCGUAAUACCGUGAUACCGUGAAACCGUGAUGUUUUUAGCAAAGGUUAUCAUACCGUCAGAAUUUCAUACCGGCCCAU